GCGGAACUUGACCAAUCAAAAAAUGUUAUGUUGUCAGUUUGGCUUGCUUUACAUUUUUAAAAGUCAUCAAAUAAAUCAAAUACUAGCUGUUGUUUUCUGUUCUCUACUGCACUGAAGUGUCACCGUUGAGUCUUGUUGGAUGUUGAUCAUGGUUUAAUCGGAAUGUUUUGUACCGUGAGAAAUAACGGAACGAUCUGACCGUAAACUAUUUUCAGGGGAAAUAUUUCCAAAGUUUCUUCACGAUUUGAAGUCAUCCACUGGAAAUUCGACAGUGAGAUUUACGCGGAGUCAGCGGGGAUGCAAUUUGCAAUGGAUGGAGUGGUAUAACAUAUGUGCCACGUUGGGGUGAGUACGUAAAGUGGAAGCAUUAUCGUCAAAUUCAACAUAUUCGAAGUUUUAUGGUUUGGUGCAGCUGAAAGAAGUUCCUUAUGAAUGAUGACUGUAGCACCAAAUUUAUCACCGUUGGCACGGCGGCGGAUUCUUUCGAUACUAAAUGAUUGCCCCGAAAAUGUGGGAACUCGAGGAGCUGUCGCAUUUGUUAGAAAUGUGGAACCAAUACUGCAGAACGGACCUCAAUGUGGUCUUGUUGCUGUACAAAUGGUCGCCCAGGCAUAUGGUCUUCCGAUCCGAAGUGUAGAUGAAAUCUUCCGAUAUGCUAAGCAGAAAGGAUACACAAAUCACGGUGAAGUGUUUUCUGCUAAUUGGUUAGCUGAUAUUGUGGUUUCAUUAUGGCCAGUGUUGGAUGUGGCAGUCGAGAAUGUGCCAUCUACAGCUCGGAUGGAGCAGUUGAUUCAAAAAAAUGCACUACUGUUAAUACCAUAUGAUUGUGAUAAAAAUCAUCAGCCAAGCAAUCGAGGAGGACGAAGUGCUCACUGGUGCCUUAUUAUAGGAUUUCUUUGCCCUGUAAAAGAAUUAAAAACGGUAGCAUGGAAUGCCGCAAUUACUCAUACUUGUUCCAAAGCUACACACGUGUUUUGUAUUCAUGGCAAAAGUCGUCAUCUGGCUGUAUGGAAUUAUUCACAACUCGUUGCUAGCAAUUUCAAUCUACGUGAAGCAUCGACUAAAGUGGCCGAUUAUGUUAUACCGUCAAGUGACCUUUCAACACUUCGAAAUCGUUGUCUCAUUGUUAGUUGUCAGCGUGAUACCACUGCUUUUAGUGCUGUUUGCUAAUUUUCUUAUCUAUAUGAGCGUUUCAUUGUACCUAAUCUUCAAAGUCGUUUGUUUCCUUUUGGUUUUACUUUAUCAAUAUUAUCAUAAAAAUUAAUCAGUCUUCGAUAGUGCAAUAUUAUUAAAAUACUA